UGAAAAAUAAAACAACAACAACUUAAGACAAACAAGAACAAUGAACAAUUCCUCUGAUUGGUUAUUUUUGACGUCACGUGACGUUAAUUUUGACGUCGUCGCGACGCAUCUAUUGCAUCAUAGCAACUAGUAUUGUUGACAUAUUAAUGUUACGCACAACAUAUUAUUAAAAUAAAAAUGGAUGAAUUCGUAGAAGAAAAUCAGGCAGCUGAAGGCGUAAAACAAAACAACAAGAGUCCACAAGCUAAAGUUAUGGAAUGCGGAGAAAAUGGUGGUAUCAAAAGAAGAAAAAGAAAACAAUCUAAGAAACAAUACGAGAGAUGGGUUAAAUAUCGGGAACAGAAAAAAUCCGAGAAGAAGAUGAAAGCCUCAUUAAAUCAAGCAGCUUUAGUUGCGGCUUUUUCCAAUUUAAGAGCAGAAGCGGCUGAGUUUGUGCCACGAUCUGUGGCUUCAAACCUCGAUCAGAUACCUCCAUCUGUUAACACAAAUGCCGGGCAGGAAUGUGAGACAACACAGCUAGUUGAAGAUGUUGUUGAAGUGCAUGAAGAAAAUACAAAUAGCGGUGAUGAUAUAUCUGAUAUCAUUGUAGAAUCAGAAAGUGAAAUCGCAGAUAACAUUCACACUGACGAAGAUGACUUGGACGCCGGCGUAUUUGGAAUAUUAUCAAUCUACACUUCUAGUGAAAUCCACGCCAUUGUUCACCAGGAGACGAUUUACAAGAAUUUUGAUAUUGCAGACACAACUGGAUACUUCUAUUUUUCACUCACAAAUUUGUAA